AUGAAGUAUGAGCAUUCAAUUGCUUCUGCUAGAGCAUCUGUAAUGCUUUAUGAUGAUGUCACUAAAAGAUGGUUACCUAGUGGAACAUCUAGUGGACUUUCUAAAGUUCAUAUAUAUCAACACUUAAUUAACAAUACAUUUAGAGUUGUUGGUCGAAAACUCCAGGAUCAUGAGAUAGAAAAAGUUGAUAGCCAGUUAUGUGGUGGCAAUAGAUCAGUAUGGCAGAUACUUACACCACCACCACCUCCACCACCACCACCAAUGCCAUGUCAGCAACCAAUAUACCAACCUGAUGAUUAUAAUAACGAACCAAGAGGAUGGCAACAAUUUGAAACUUUUCAGAGUGCAGGAGACGUUGGCAUCGAUGCUCAACCUGUCUGUGUAAUUUUUCUGUUUAAUAGUGAGCAUUCAAUUGCUUCUGCUAGAGCAUCUGUAAUGCUUUAUGAUGAUGUCACUAAAAGAUGGUUACCUAGUGGAACAUCUAGUGGACUUUCUAAAGUUCAUAUAUAUCAACACUUAAUUAACAAUACAUUUAGAGUUGUUGGUCGAAAACUCCAGGAUCAUGAGGUAGUUAUAAAUUGUGCCAUAUUAAAAGGAUUAAAGUAUAACCAAGCUACUCCAACUUUUCAUCAAUGGCGAGAUAACAGACAUGUUUAUGGCUUAAAUUUCAGUAGUCGUGAAGAUGCAGAAGCAUUUGCUUUAGCUAUGUUCAGAACUCUGGAAAUUUUAAAUCAAAAUAGUUCUACAUCACCAAGACCACCACCACCUCCACCACCACCACCAAUGCCAUGUCAGCAACCAAUAUACCAACCUGAUGAUUAUAAUAACGAACCAAGAGGAUGGCCCUCAAAUGAUUGUUCUGUUAGAAUGGCUCCACAGCAAUCAGCACAGCAUAUGAAUAAUAAUAUUUCUAAUCAACCAAUAAUAACACAACAGACACCUACAACUAACGGUAUUUCACCUGGUAGUGCUGGCCACCACCGAACAUCAUCUGCUCCUCCAAAUUCUGCUCCUCCACCUGCUCCACCACCACCUCCAGCACCACCAAUGAGUGCACCAGCACCCCCACCACCGCCUCCUCCUCCACCUGGUCCAAGUAUUCCUUCAAGUUCUGUCCCUGUUGCACCACCACCACCAUUACCAGGGAGCAGUGCUACAUUACCACGCCCCAGCUCAAGUUCUAAUUCCUCAGCAACAGCACCUGUGUCUCUUGCCUCAGCUCUUGCUAAUGCUAAACUGAAAAAAACAUCAUCACAAAAGGGAAAUGAAGGAAAUUCUUCUGUAGAGCAAAUUCGUCCAUCACUUGGAGGAAUGGCAAGUAUGAUGGAUGAAAUGGCCAAAACUCUUGCCAGGAGAAGAGCCCAAGCUGAAAAUAACCAAAGCGGACAGGAUAUGGAGACAUUAGAUAAAAGGUCAUGGGAAAGGCAGUCAUCAUGUAAUGAAAAUAGUCCUAGCAAAGCAGUUUCUAGUAAUGGACCUGAAUCACCAAAACUUGGUCGCAGGUAUACCUUGACUUAUGUCAUUUCGAGUUACGUCAUUCCCGAUUAUACGUCGUUUGGAAAUGAAGGAAAUUCUUCUGUAGAGCAAAUUCGUCCAUCACUUGGAGGAAUGGCAAGUAUGAUGGAUGAAAUGGCCAAAACUCUUGCCAGGAGAAGAGCCCAAGCUGAAAAUAACCAAAGCGGACAGGAUAUGGAGACAUUAGAUAAAAGGUCAUGGGAAAGGCAGUCAUCAUGUAAUGAAAAUAGUCCUAGCAAAGCAGUUUCUAGUAAUGGACCUGAAUCACCAAAACUUGGUCGCAGUUAUUCUUCUGUAGAGCAAAUUCGUCCAUCACUUGGAGGAAUGGCAAGUAUGAUGGAUGAAAUGGCCAAAACUCUUGCCAGGAGAAGAGCCCAAGCUGAAAAUAACCAAAGCGGACAGGAUAUGGAGACAUUAGAUAAAAGGUCAUGGGAAAGGCAGUCAUCAUGUAAUGAAAAUAGUCCUAGCAAAGCAGUUUCUAGUAAUGGACCUGAAUCACCAAAACUUGGUCGCAGGCACACAUUAGGUUCAAUAGGUGACACAGAUAACUUGAAGACCAAUAAUAUUGAUAUGAUUGAUGUAGAACGUUUAAAACAAGAGAUUUUAAGUGAAAUAAGGAUGGAAAUGAAUAAAAUAAAACAAGAUAUAAUUGGUAUGAGAAAGUAUUUAACUGAUCCAUAA